UUAUAUUAGUGCAGAACACUGUACCUUUAAUUUAAAUGCCCUUGGAGUCUGCUGGGGAAGAGAAAUAAUACUGUCAGUCAGUAUGACAUGCAGAUGAGUGCCGUCGAUCUUAGAAUCACUGCACACUUCACUCAUUUGGGCAGUCACGGGGCCAAAACCAGAGUGUGGAGCCACAGUGUGGCGGUGGAGGCAGCAGCAAUGGGAGGCCAUACAGCACCCUAUGACAAAAUGGAACCCACCAGCAGUGUCAUGACACACUCUGGACCUGGCAGCAGCAUGAGGAGGCGGUACAGGGGCCCAUGACAGAUUACGGGCCUGGCAGCAGCAUGAGGAGUCGGUACGGGGGCCCAUGGCAGAUUACGGGCCUGGCAGCAGCAUGAGGAGGCGGUACAGGGGCCCAUGGCAGAGGAUGGAUCUGGCAGCAGUAUGAGAAGGCGGUACAGGGGCCCGU